GGCGCGGAACAGACGCGCUUGGAACGGCGCGGCGGAGCGAGAGCCAACGACGGCCCAACGCGUCUCUCUCUCUCCCUCUCUCUCUUUCUUACACGCAUACGUAUAGAGGCGAACGCACUAAAGGAACAAACGAUAUUCGUCUCUGUCGAAGCCCAGACAUGAAAUGAGGAGGCUGCGGCGACCUCUGACCUCGGUUUUAAGGUGGCUCUCACGCUCCCCGACCUAAGACGUUGAGGAGGCGCGCGCGGAAAAGGGACAAGGGAGGACGAGGUGUACUCCGGCGGCGCGUGUGGUGUCGCGUGAGGCUCGUGUCGGCCGCGGCGCCACCCACAAGGAUGAAGGCUUCACCCUGCGGCUGCCACGUCACGGCCUCGGGGACAGUGGCUGCGACCCUCGACACGGACGCGGCAAGCAUGCAUGUGGAUGCCUCGCAGUCGCUCUAAAGCCCGGGCAGCGGCCGCGGCGACCAGGGCGAGGCGGGAGGAGGCCGACCAGGGACCAGAACCGCACAGGAGGCAGCGCCAUGUUUACGUCGAGGAGCCAGUCGGAGAUGGCGUUGGUCGGGGUCAAGUCAGUGCUGUCCCCACGCCCCUUUUCGGCCCCAGACAGUGUGCCGACGGAAAGGGCGCGGGAGCCGUCGGGAGGGCCAGCCAGGGCGCCCCGCCGCGGCGCCUCGAGGCAGCACAAGAAGCGCAAGGGAAGCGGCUGCGAAGGCGAGAGCGAGGUGACCCUCAGCGACCGCUCGGACCGAAGCCAGGGGGCCGACGGACGCCCACGAGGGGACUCGGACGCCGACCAGGGGUGCCCGGCCGGGGGCGCGGACCACGACUUCCUUCUGGACCCCCUGCGGCACACGGAGGACGAGAGCUCGGUCGACACGGCGAUCGACCUGGCUGAGAACUUCGGCGAAGAGCGCAGCGGGGCGGCCCGCGAGGAGGAAGCCCCGGCCUCGACGAGCCUGAGGAGAUUAGUCAAUCAGAAUUCCAAGGACUCAGCUCUUGGGUCCUUCACCGAAGGAAUCACCAGAGCGGUCUCGGAGGAGCCACGGGCGGCGACGCCCUCACGCGACUCUCCCAGGGGCGCCGCGGAUUCUCCCAAGAGGUCCCCGGGGCCCUCAGAUUCCUCGGAGAGCGAAGCGAGCUACAGGCAUCGGACGCGCUGCGGCGCCGACGGGGAGUCGAGGUCUCCGCCCGGCCAAGACUUCCGACGGCGCGAGAGCCGAGAUUCUUCCGACGACGGAGAUCAUCCGGAAGUGCGCCGGAAGCCUCCGCUGCGGAAGACGAGGCGCGGCAGGGUCGGGCGGAAGGCGGCCGCGCCGCAGCAGCGACGGACCUCCUCCUUUCCCGCAGACAGGAGUGUCGCCCACGCCGGCGGUCUGUCGGCGACGGCGCCCGGUGCGCUUGCCCCUCCGGCCAUCGUCACGCCGGACGUCCUCGAGCGCCUCGAGGACCCGCCAACCGCCGUCUCUAGAACGGCGCAGAACCUUCAGGAGGUGAUCGACCUGCGGGUGAUGGAGGCCCAGAGGUCGGGCCAUCUCGACCUAGCCAACCUUGGCCUCCCCUUCUUCCCCUCCGCCGUCCUACUGACCGACGGCUCCAUGAUCCACCGGGUGAGCUUGCAGGACAACGGGCUCGUGGAGGUGCCAAGCGCAGCUCUGACGCACCUGUCUUACGUCACCUGGCUUGACCUACGAUAUAACUUCCUUCAGUGUCUCCCUAAUGAGGUGGCGUCCCUCACUCACCUGCAGGUUCUCCUGUUGCAGGACAAUCACCUCACAGCCCUGCCGCCUGCUCUAGGUACGCUGACGGAGCUGACGACGCUUCAGGUGAGCGAUAACCCCCUCGCGUUCCCCCCCGCGGAGGUCAUCCGGGGCGGUACGCGAGCCAUCCUGGGCUUCCUCAAGAGCAGAUGUCCGACGAAGGAGACCAAAGCAGGGAGUCUUCCAGCCCCUAGAGGACGAGGCGGCGAGGGCAGCCCCUUCGCGGAGGAGGCGACCGAAGGCGCAGGAACCCGGAGCGAAGAGCCAGGAAGCGGCGAGGACGAAGGCUCGGGCGGACAUCCUAAGCAUCUGCGCGAGGAGUCCAGCGGCGAGUCGGGCUCGUGGAGCGACGCCAGCGGGCAAGAGUGCGAGGGGUUCCCUUCCUCGCAGCAAAGCAAAAUGGCCGCCGACGCCUGCAGCUUGCCGUCCAUACCCUCAGUCGGUCAGCCUCCGCACACCGAGGCCGCGGGGGGCUUCCGCAUCGACAUUAAGAACAGCGACUCCCUCGAGGAACAGGAGAUGCAGCUGCACCUUCAGGUUCCUCCCCAAGAUAGCGGCAGAGACACGCUCGGCCGCCCCCCGAGCCCCACCUCCGCCUGCCUCCUCACGCCCAACAACGAAUUCCCGAGCCGCCCCGAGUACGACCUUCCGCUCGACGGGCAGUGCCACCCGCCCCACCUCGAGGGGGAGUGCCAUGACCACGACGACGAGGACAGCCUCGGGUGGCGGUGCGAGUGCUUCCGGUCUAUCUCGCCCGUGACCAGGGACAGGAUGCGGGUCGUGAGCUACUCCAAGCCCAAGAGCAGACUCGCGAAGAACACAAGCUCAGACCAGGAGCCGCCGGCGGAGGGCGGGGGCGGCGCAGAACCCCAAGAACACGAGAACCUCUUCCCGACCGGAGCCACGAUAGCGCAGCGAAGAAGUCUUCAUCUCCGUCUGCAGGGGGACUGGCAGACCAUGGUAGAGGACGACCUGGAGAGCCUCGAGGGCGACAUCGGGGAGGGCUACAGGCGGCCGCUUAGCGACUCGGACGAAGACGAAAAAGAUAAGCGAAAGGGAUCUUCAGAAACGGUGCUCACUCUCCCGGUGGUGAGCCUCUACCUGCCCGGACCCGACGAAUACCGCGGAGUACUGGCGCGGCGCUACCGCAGGUCGGCGCGUCGGCAGGGCGAGGCGGCGCGGAGGGCGAGAGCUACGAUGCUCGCCAGGAAAGGAAACCGGGACCUGCAUAAACCAAGCAGGCUGGUGACGGUGACGGAGGUGCACAAGAGGGCGCGGGAAGAGAGGCGGCGCCAGAGGGAGAGGCUGGCGGCGCUGAGGGAGAUGACGGCUCUGCAGAGGCUCAAAAGCGCUGACGGACUCGAGGCGUGGAGAGACGAGGCAAGGCAGAUGCAGCAGCAACACACUCUCCAUCCUGAUUCGUUCCUCCCCGCGGUGUGCACGGCGCCUUUUGCAGUGGACGGCACCAUGUUGACUCCGCGGGCGCGCUCCAAGAUCAGAGCGCGCGGAGACCAGCGUUCGUCCGCCAGCCCCACGGUCAGCGACGUGUCGGGCGUGUGCGCGGGCGUGCGUUCGUGCCUGGAUCAGCUGGCCAAGAGCAAGGCCCCGGGAGGCGGCGGGGGAGGAGGCGCGGGCGGCGGGGCGGGGGGAGGCGAGGAGGCAGGGGGCACCCUAGUCAACACCGUCUCCAUCGUGCACCAACUGAGCCAUCUGCGUCGCCAGCUGAACCGUCUUCGUGUCAACUGCGUCAUCUAGCGUCUUUCUGGUGUCAAGACGGCGCGGUGUCGCGUGUCAGAUAUUCUUAAAGAGUGAAAUAAAGUGGGAAUGCUUUCUGUGGGACUGUUGGAAGUGCCUCGCUUGCCUUUUUUGAACGAUUUUGUCUGCGCGAAUCCUGUGUAAACAUGCAAAAUUAAGAAAUCCACAAGAAAUUCAAACAGACCAUGAAAAAAAAUAUUUAUUUGUGGAGUCAUCUAUAUAAGAUCUCGGUUGUGCCAAAAAUAUGCAUCACGAGUGAAAAUGAGACCAAAUUAUAGGCCAUUUGCAUCCCAGGAAUUAGUUGGAUUAACGAGACACACAAAUAAUAGAGAAAAGGCUGAAAUAAAUUCAAACAUUCUAAUUCCUCAAAAACUUGUAUCUAUAAAGACCAGAGUGAAUGCCAAUUAAAAGGUCAUUACCAAUAAAAAUAAAAACAUUUUAGACGAACCAAAACUGACAAACCCUCGGCCAAGAUUGCUAGAUCCCCCUUCCUCUCUCUCUCUCUCUCUCUCUCUCUCUCUCUCUCUCUCUCUCUCUCUCUCUC